AUGGAGACAACAAUUUUAUCUGGGAUCAUUAAGGAGGUCAUAACGUCACUGGGAACUGCAGGUUUUAAAGAGAUAGGAAAAUUAGCGUGUGUCAAAAGAGAGAUCAGGAACCUCAUCAUAACGUUUGGCAGUAUCGACGCUCAGAUAAGAGAUGCGGACCGGAUUGUUGCAAUGUCCGAAGCAACCGACAAUCUUCUCAAGCACCUGAGAGAAUAUGCUUACGAGGCAGAAAACAUCAUCGACCUCUUCCGUAUUGAACUUGGGGCCCCACAAGAACCACGACCGCAGGGUUGGAGGUGUUGUAGAGAUGUCGGUAUCAGAUGCAAGGCUGCGAUUGAUAUCGAAGAACUAAACAAGAAACUGAAGAGAAUUACGCCACCACUGAUCCAAGUGGUUCCAAGAGAAGAAGAAACUGGAGAAACCAGUUAUGUUGGUCCAAACCAUGAUGAAUCCAGUGCUGUUGGCAGAAAUAUAGCAAACGAGUGCUAUAAUCUUGUCAGGAUACUUGAGGAAGGUACUAGCCAACGCGAUGAGCGUAUCUCUUGUGCUGUAGUUGGUCCUGCUGGAGUUGGCAAGACCACACUUGCUCGGAAGAUCUACCAUGAUACGAGGAAUACUUUCGGGACCAGGUUAUGGGUGCACUGCAUCCACGGCUCCAACAAGCUGAGUAUAUGGCUAGGAGACAGGCCUGAUUCAGUGAGGAUAGAAGAAGGUAGAGAUCCAAGAGAGGUGUUGCGUGGGCAGCUAGCAAAUGCCAGGAACAGUAGCAGGGUGUUGCUGGUGAUUGAUAAUGUUUGGGAAGAGAAUGGCUGGGACCAGUUCUUGCAGGCCGAUUUCUCUCGCGGUGGAAACGCGCUGCUUGUGACUACACGGCACGAGGACACCGCGAGAGUCAUGGCGGUAGCCCGUCGCCACCGCGUGGAUCGGCUGAGCGAGGACGACGGUUGGAUGCUGCUACACCGGAUGGCGAACCUUCAUGCUGCUGCAGGAGGCUUUGAAGAUAUUGGAAGAAAAAUCGUGCAGAAGUGCAGCGGCCUUCCAGUUGCAUUGAGGUGGAUUGGGAAUGAUCUCAGGGAAAGGACGGAUCAAAAUAUCUGGGAGAAAGUGUAUGAGUGUGAUUUCUUCGGUAAGUACUCACAGAUACAUAGCUGCAUCGAUGCAAGCUACAAGAGAUUGUCUUUUGUGCUCAAGCGCUGUUUCCUGUACUGCUUACUGUACCCAGAGGAGUCUGUGAUACAGAAGCAAUGCAUCGUGCAGCAGUGGAUUGCAGAGGGGUUCUUCUCUUUAGCGGCAUCACAAGAAGGGGAAGCUGAAAGAUGUUACGAGGCAUUGAUAGACAGAUGCCUUCUUCUGCCAGAGGACAACGGUCAUGGUGAGCCCGGUGCUAAAAUGCCAAAGCUCUUCAGAUUAUUUGCAAUUCAUAAGUCACAACAUGAGAACUAUGUGAACAAUCCUCGUGAUAUCAGGACAAUAUUCAAACCAUGGCGCCUGAGCAUCACAAGUGGAUACAGCGUACAAGACAUACCAGAUGAGGCUACCAGCUUAAGGUCACUCUUUUUGUUUGGAAGUCCACUGAAUAAUGGAACUGCCUUGGAAUUUAUCUUCAAUAAGUUAACAAGCCUAAGAGUUCUGGACCUUAGAGAUACACAAGUUGAUACCAUCAGCAAUAAUCUCGAAAGACUACGGCAACUCAGGUACCUAAACCUUUCUGGUACUAGGAUUCAAUCGCUUCCUGAAAGCAUAGGGAACCUGACAGUGCUGCAGUUCUUAAUCCUUAAAAACUGCACACGUCUCGAGUCUCUACCAAGGCGUGUUGGUCGGUUGAGGAAAUUGAGAAGCCUUGACAUCUCAGGAACUCCAAAGCUAAAUGGCGUCCGAUUCAAUCUCGAGCAACUGACACAACUCAACUGCCUGCAAGGUUUCAUCCCAGCCACCUCAGCACCAGGGAAUAAUGGGAAUGGUUGGAAAUUUGAAGAUUUAAGACACCUGGGUAAUCUGACGAGCCUCCAGAUGGUCAAGUUAGACACAGCGUUGUCGACAACGGAAGACCAAAACCAAUUGAUUCUGGAUGGACAGCCCCAUCUCAGAGAGCUCGAGCUUAUAUGGUGCAGGUGCAGCCCUGCUGAUCCUCAAAGCAGAAACCGUGAGCUAGAGACACGAGUCUUUGGCAAACUUAAGCCUGCCGGGUGCCUGGUUUCUCUUAAGAUAGUUAACUAUUGUGGCAAUGGGUUUGCAUCUUGGUUGUCUAGUUCCUAUCUGACAGAGCUGCAGCGGCUAAUCCUUGAUGGCUGCUUACCUAGUCUGGAUCUACCAACCCUAGGUCAGAUGAUAAACCUCAAGUUCUUGGCGAUAACGGCGUCCAACAUCAAUCAACCCCCCAGGGAAGAAAGAAACGACGUGGCAUUUCCACAACUUGAGCAGCUGAUCCUAGGCAGAAUGGAAAGUCUGCAGGCAUGGUCAGGUCUUCAAGAGCGUGACUUGCCUAUGCUUCGUGUUUUCCAACUUGACGGGUGUCAACGGGAGCUGACCUCAAUCCCUUCAUGGCUCCAGAGCUGUAGGGAGUUGACUAGCAUGAAGAUACAGAAUGCUGGCACUCUUCAAGAAAUUGCUGACCUGCCUUCACUCAAGGAACUCGAGGUUCACAACUGUAGCAGGCUAGAAAGGAUUUCCAACAUCAUCAGGCUUGACGAUCUGAAAAUCUUCAACUGCUCAGGUCUUGAAGCUGUCAAUGACGUCCCCUUCCUGUGCUCCGUGCACCUCGAACUACAGGGGGCCCAGCUCCCACGGUGGCUGCAGCCGUUCAACCUCAGGAGAUUGGACAUCACUGGCACCCAGGAGCUACUGAAUAUAUGCUCCUCGCCCUUCUCUCCAUGCUGGUCCAUCAUCCAAGGUGUUGCUGAUCAUGUCUGUGGGAAGAAACUAGGUGAUGAUUCCAUCCACUUCUCCUAUAACAAAAGCACUGGCAGUUUAUAUACAAGCCCAAGAUGCGCUCAACGCAUCGCAGUGCCUGGUUUACAUAACAGCGCUACUGUGCGUCAGGAUAAUUGGAGAGCAUGGAAGCAUAACACGUUUUACGCUAUCCUGCUGAUUGCCACUUGUAGCCUUGUUUAUCUGGCAAACUUCUGAUAUCGGUGGAUCAAACUUCACAGAUUAUGCAAUGAAAUAGAAGAGAGAGUUCACAUUAGGUGUGUGUGAUCCUAUAUAUUUCACUGUAAAUGUGCAGGAUUGGAUGGGAUAGAUCAAGGGAUGAAUGUUGGUUGAUUUCUUUUUUCAAAACAACCAAAACAUAUAUGAAACACAAAUAAUACUAAAUAAUAUUGUGGGAUACCCGGAUAUGAGAUAUCCUGUGAACCAUAUGUGUAAGAUAGAGUGGUCUAAAUUAUAAAGAAAGUUUGUUCUCAAAAAAAUUUAAAAAGAAAGUUGUAAAGAUAAACUAAACAUUCGGAUAUAUUUGUCUAUCAAGCAUUUAUUAAUAGGUGUCGACUACGGUGUAUUUUUACUUACAGUAGAAUUUAAUCCACACAGUUUGAUCUUUUUUUAGCAAAUGGUUGUGAUUAAAUUAUACUAUCAAUGU